AUGGAGGUGGUUGGCAGUAUGUGUCAAGAUAGAGAUACAAAUAAGGAGCAGGUGGCGUGUUCGGACUCAGUUCCGUAUAUGGCUAUGGUGGGCUGGGUGGCGGCGUCUGCUGAAGUGUGUCAAGUGCGGCUCUAGGGAAGAUGUCAUAUACCAACCUGUCCAUCUGGGCGUCCCUGCCCCGCACACAGAGAGGACAACCCAUUGUUUUGGGUGUAGAUCCUAAAGGAAAGAAGCUCCUUUACGGUCAUGGAAACUCUGUGAUUAUCCGUGAUAUUGAGGAUCCAGCUAUUGCUGAUGUGUACACAGAGCACUCAAUCCAAGUCAAUGUGGCACAGUAUGCUCCCUCAGGAUUUUACAUCUGCUCAGGUGAUCAACAUGGCAAGGUGCGCAUCUGGGACACCAUUAACCCCGAACAUAUUCUCAAGGCAGAGUACCAACCCUUGGGAGGCCCAAUUAGGGACAUCUGCUGGUCUCAGGACUCCCAGCGGAUAUGUGUUGUUGGUGAAGGUCGAGGAAAAUUUGCGCACGUGUUCAUGAUGGAUACUGGGGCGUCGGUGAAGGGUGAUCUGUCUGGUCACACCAAGGCUAUAAAUUCAGUUUCAUGGAAGCCAACUAGGCCAUUCCGCAUUGCUACUGGGUCGGAGGAUAGCAAAUCGGCUUUUUUUGAAGGCCCUCCAUUUGUUUUCAAGUGUACUAAAAGUGAUCAUACUAAGUUUGUCCAGAGUGUCCGCUAUUCUCCAAAUGGCGAGAGGUUUGCUACUGGUGGAUUUGAUGGCAAGAUAUUUAUUUACAAUGGUACUAAUGCAGAGCUAGACAAGGAGCUUGGUGAUCCAGCACACAAAGGUGGAAUAUAUGCUGUAUCAUGGAGCCCAGACAGCAAGCAGCUGCUAUCAGCCAGUGGAGACAAGUCGUGCAGGUUGUGGGAUGUCGAGACUGGAGAUGUGGUGGCAGAGUUCACUAUGGGCACAGAGCUGGAGGAUCAACAGAUGUCUUGCAUUUGGGCUGGAAAUUACCUGAUUUCAGUCUCAUUGUCUGGGUUCAUUAACUAUCUUGACCCAGCCAAUCCCACUAAGCCAAAGAGAAUUAUAAAGGGACACAACAAGCCCAUUACAAGGGUGGCUCUUUCAUCUGACUGCAGCAGUCUCUACACAACAGCAGUUGAUGGGACUGUUACUGUUUGGGAUGUUGCUACUGGUGAAAAUGAUCGUAUUGGUGGCAAAGGUCAUGGGAAUCAUGUUAGUGGACUGGUUGUCAAGGACAAUGUUGUUUACACCGCUGGCAUUGAUGAUAGUAUUAAAGUCAUUGAUCCUGUUGAACGAGUGUAUACUGGUGUUUCUAUUUCCCUUGGUUCCCAACCCAAGAUGAUUGCUGCCCUUGCUGAUGAUAUUAUUGCUGUCACAACAAAAGAGAUUUGUAUUAUACACAACGACAAGAAAGUUGGAAGUUUACCUAUUGAUUGGGAUGGUCUGUGCGUAUCAGCCUCCACGGAUGGCAACAAUGAAGUGGCAGUAGGAGGUGCUGACAACCUUAUCCAUGUAUACACACUUAGUGGUUCCACUUUAACACAGAAAACUACCUUGGAACAUCUAGGGCCUGUUACUGAUUUAUCCUACUCUCCAGAUAAUCGCUUCCUUGUUGCCUGUGAUGCAAAUCGUAAGGUGGUUGUUUACUCGCUGCCUUCAUAUGAGAAGUUCAACAAGAUAGAAUGGGGAUUUCACAAUGCAAGGAUCAACACAGUGGCAUGGAGCCCUGACAGUCAACUGGUGGCCAGCGGUGCUCUUGACACAAUGAUAAUCAUUUGGAACAUAAAUCACCCCAACAAGCACAUCAUCAUAAAGAAUUCUCAUCCACAAGCACAAGUCACUGGCUUGUUGUGGCUUGACAACGAACGAGUCUUGUCUGCUGGCCAUGAUGGAAUAGUGAAAAUCUGGAGUGUAAAAUUUUAGACCAAUGACUCGCAUCCACAGUCUCAAGUAACAGGAUUAGCAUGGAUGGAUAACAGGAAGCUGGUGUCUGUCGGACAUGAUGGUAUUGUGAAGUCUUGGAGUGUGCAGUUCUGAGCUUGCCAGUCUUAACAUGAUCAUUCAUUUGUAAAUAAAUUCCAGGAUCGUAAACUUGAUCAAAAGUAUUUGUCAUUUAGAAAUUCUCAUAAAUCCUAAAAUCCCUUGUAUAUUUAGAGCAUUUAUUGUAUUUUGGGCUGGAUGCUGGCUUAAAAAGAAAAAUACCCUGUUACAAAUAUUUGAAUUUUAUUGUAACCAAACAUAUUUGUAUUCACAUUUUGCCUUCAGUAAUUGUCAAGUUUUGUUGUGAAUAGUGUUGUCAAAUACGAAGUACUAACCUUUCUAAGGGAUUGCAGACAAAAAAAGUUUAUGCAUUUUUUAUUCAUCUUGCUCUUUUGUUAAUUUUUUAUUUGUUUAUUAAUUGCAUUAAGCAUUUUUCAGAAUGAAAUGUAAAUUGCUUUGGAAGCUAGAAUCUGUAGUUUGAAAAAUUUGGUACUAUAUAAUAAAUGUAAUUUUAUACAUAUUUAAUACAGAAUAAGUUUUACAUAAUCACUAUCCCUGCUACUGUAUAAUUAUCACAAGACUUCCAGGUUGUUUAAAUAUUUCUUAAGGAUUUAUGAAAUUAUAUAUACUGUAUACUGUUCAGUUGAAAAACAACUGUGAUACGAACCAUUUUGACAAGGAAUGCAGAAGAUUACAACAAGCUAACUUGUAUAAAAGUUUGUAGGUUUUAAAAAUGAUAAAACUUAAUAUUCCAUGGAAACAUAACACUGGAAAAGUUUAUAUACAAAUUUAAAGGGUAGUUAGAUAUUUUUUAUAUCAGUGCUCAUGGGAAAAAUUAUUUUUAGCCAUGUUUUUUCUAAAGUAAAAGGGCCAAUAUAUUUAAAUAUUGACUCUCAAUUAAAAAUAUUUUGUAUGUGUAAAGUUUUUAAAGCAUCAUCAAAAUAUCAUAGCCUUUUUAUAUAAAGCUUACAGCCCGGAGCAAUUUUGUAUUGAGCUUGACUCUGAAGCAGCAGUAUUUUACUGUAUUAUUUCUGAAUGUUUCUGGUUUCUACAAGUUGGCCAAUGAUGUGAGCAUGUCUUCCAGAUGUUUUAUUUGUUUGAUCUGAAGUGUGAUUGGUUUUUGGCUUCUUAAGCGUCUUGUUUGUGCAACCCAUGACAUGCAUGAAGAGCAGAGUUUGAUCAUGACAUUGUGAUUAAAGGUUUAUCAAAGCACAAGUGCAACAUUAUUAUCAAUAAAAUCUCGUAUCCACUUAAGUGUUGUGUACAUUGCUCUGAGCACAGUGUGCUCUCUCCAGCCACUCAACGACAUAAUAUGGCCACUUCCAGUUAGACAUAAUUUACAAGAGUUCCUUAUAAACAAGUAUAACUUCAGUACAUCAUUUCAUUAGUAACAAUCAAUAGAACUCCAGAGUGUGGUGUACCAUCAUUAGAACACCAAAGUGUGGUGCAUAGUAAAGCUAAAAACUUCUCUACCUAUGCUCAUUUCUUUAAUUAAAUCUAAAUUGAUGCAUCAUGAAAUGGGUAGGUCAGUGACUUAAUAAAUUUUUUGAAGGCUUA